AUGUUUGAGCAGCUCAGUUUUUCUCUCGAACUUUUAGGUGGGGUGAAGGCGGGGCAGUGGCAGGUGCUCUACAAGCAGGACGUUGUGGGAAGCACUGCCUUUGCCCGGCCAAACGCAAAGGCUGGUAUCAUCACCCAGGAGGAGUUUGAGAAGCUCGAGCAGGGCCUGCAUGAGAUCGAAAAGGAGUGGGAGGCUGGCACUUUCACCAUCGUCUCUGGAGCUGAUGAGGACAUCUUCACUGCCAACGAGCGCCAAUUCGACGAGAUUAUUUGCAUAAACAUUGCUGGCAAGCUUCACACCGGCCGCAGCCGCAAUGAACAUGUGUCUACGGGCAUGCCCAUGAACGAGCUGUCGUUUGAGCAGCUCAAGGCCACUGACAGCCGCUUCGAGGAGGACAUUGCCGAGGCGUUUGUGUUUGAGACGAGCGUGGAGGGGUGGUCGGCGGCCGAGAGCGGCACGAGCAAGUCGUCGGUGCUGGAGUAG